AAUUGAGAACCCUUGCGUCAUUAUUUUAGUCUACUACAUUACAGACAGUUUUCUUAAAAUUUCGAUAGAACUAAAAGUAAACCUUACAUUAAAAAAAAAUGUGAUUACGUAUAAACAUAGAUCAAGGUAAUUAAAUAUAUAUAAUAUCAUAAUAUUUCAAAAUUAAAGGGCUAGCAAUAUAUUGUAAAGGUAUGAAAAAGUAAGUAAAAAUAAUAUUAUUAAGUGUUUGAUUAAAUAAGACUAUUAAAGUAUACAAUUCUAGCAUUUUCUGAUUUUUCAUGCUGGUAGCUGUAGAUUUCGAUAUCUGGCCUCAUUCUUACUAUUCGAUAUAAUACAAAGGAAAAUCAUAUAUUUCCGUAGAAAUGGCUAAGUGGGGACAAGGAGAUCCUCGAUGGAUUGUGGAGGAACGAGCAGAUGCCACAAACGUCAAUAAUUGGCAUUGGACAGAAAGAGAUGCAUCAAAGUGGUCCAAAGAGAAAUUGACUGAACUAUUUACAAAUAUCAAGGUUGGAGAUGAAAGGGGUCAGUGUGAGAUUUAUGAAGUGAAGGAGAUGAAUGGUGAAGCCUCUGCCAGCAAUCGGAAGGCAAAACUGAUCUUCUUUUAUGAAUGGGAUGUUAAGUUGAAGUGGAAAGGUACUCUAAAGGAUUGCACCACUGAAUUAGAAGGGACCAUCUCGAUGCCAAACCUCAGUGAUGAAAAUGGAGUUGAUGAUGUUAAUAUUGACAUUUCAACAAACACUGCAACACCAGAAUCAAACACCCUGAGAGAGGUUAUGAAGAGCAAAGGAAUCCCAGUCCUUCGACAGAAAAUAGGAGACUACACAAAGGCACUGAAAAAAGAAUUCAGUCAAGGGAUGAUUCUACCAUCAAAAGCCCAGGACAGCUCACCAGUAAAUACCAGUGAUGCCAAGAAAUCAUCAUUACCAGAGCCUGUACCAGUAAAGAAAACAGACACUGACUCAAGUGCAUCGCAGAUGAAAGGGCUCAAUCUAGGGGUUAAAAUAGAUACACGUAAACUGGAAUUGUCAGAAGAAUUCAAAUGUGAAUCUGCUAUGCUCUAUUUGGCAUUUACUGAAGUAGAUCGGUUGCAAGCCUUCACCCAAGCCAAAGCUACAUUGAACGCCGAAGCUGGAGGAAAAUUCACCAUGUUAGAUGGCAACAUCUCGGGAGAGUUUGUUUCAUUAGAACCCCAUUCCAAGAUUGUCAUGAAAUGGAGAUUCAAGUCAUGGGAUGAAGGACACCACUCGCUGGUGACACUACAGUUCAAUCAGAAAGCCGACUGCACUGAACUCCUGCUCACUCAAAAGGGCAUUCCCAAAGCAGACUAUGAGCGCACAAGGCAUGGCUGGCAUACCGUCUUCUUCCAGAGGAUAAAAGGCACCUUUGGUUAUGGCGCCUCGCUCUUCUGACGUCAGAGUGGUGGCUGGACACUUGCGGAUGCUUUUUCAUGGCGAACAUUGAGUACAGUGCCCCUGUGUGUUCUAGCCCUGUUCCUCUUUAAGAGAUAUGCCCUUGAUCCUUGACGAUGAGCUAAUUCUGUGCUAUGAUGAAGAUCACUUAAAAAACAUUUGGAUCGUGGAGGAUGAUCGUCCCAUUUUUACCCUGUAAAUCGUUACCUGGAUUAUGCAAGUGCGGUCGUACAAAUUGUGAUUUUGAUUGGACAGCUGUGCUUAUUUAUAUCAAAGCUAUUGAAUUUGCCGGUGUCAUUAUUUCUACCGUAUUAUGUGCACAUAAAAAAUGCCUUUUUGUUUCUUAACAAAGGGACUGAACUUGAAUGGUGAAUGUUGUGAUUUCUUAAAGUUGGUAACCGUGAAGAAAAAAGGGGCCAAUGCAGUUGUCAAGAGUGAUUUUUUUUUUUUAAGUAAAGAAAAAUUAUGGAAUUGCCGAUAACUUUGUCUCCAUUAACAGUGCUGUACAAGAACAUGAUAUAUGAAUUGGCAAUGCCAGAUGCAAUUUCUAGUCAAGAAAUAUGUGAAUCACAUUUAGAUGGUUGUUAUUCCUCAUUCUGUGUGUGAAUAAAAAUGAAUAUUUGAUGAUUAAGGUAUUUUUCCUUGCAAAAAUCAGCCAAAAGCUUGGAUAUGGUUUAAAUAAUCUAAGAUGAAAUACCACCAAAUUUUUAAAUAGCAAAUAUUAUUUGAAGCCACUUGCUAUUGGCUGAAACAAUGCUUAUCAGUCCUAAAACAAAAUAAGUACCAUUAUUUCAAAUGUAGAUUAGAUCAAAUAAAGAAAUCAAAAUUGAAAAAGGUGUUAUAUUUUUUAUACUGCCUGUUUUCAGAAGUUUAAAUUGAUUGCUAUAACUGGUAUUGUUAAUAUAACCUAAUUUACCGUAUUUAACAUAUUGGUUGGUGCUGAAAUAUAUAUUAAAUGCAUGUUUGUAUUGAACCUAUCCCUCAGGUCUAAUUUGCAUGUUUUUCAAACAAAUACCUCGAUAUUAGAGUGUGAUGAGAAACCUAGAGAACCAAAAUUUCUCUACUGCAUAAUUACUCCCUUCUGCUAUAGUUAUUUGCAUAUUUAUUUUUUUGUAGACAGUCCCUUCUCUUAAAGGAAUGAAACAAAUAUUUAUUUGAAAUCAACGAAUCUGUCAAAUAUUUUUUUCAUUUGAGAAAGAAAUGUUCAAAAGUCUACUUAAAAUGAAUAUAUAUUGUAUGUACCUCACAACUGUAAGUAAUAAAUUAUAUAUUUAUACUUGUGAUGCAGUAACACGGGCAUUUUAAGGUCUACACAACAUUUCAUGAUGAUGUUGAUGGCACAAAUAUAGAUAUGCUAGAAACGUAUUGGCAAUGUUAAUGUAGCUUCUUUUGCAUGACAGUUUUAAACCCCUUGACCCUUACCGGCCACAGUAUACCGCUUCCGAAGACAAUAAACCUAACUCAAAAUAUUUUUCCUAGGAACCAAGGAAUUAUAUCAAAUAUACUGGACAAUAAUUAAUGAACAUGUUAACUCAAAGGUUAUCCUGAAAACCAUUGGUUUUAACUUGUGUAGUAAGUAGAUAGUCAGUCACAAACAUUCUUCUUUGGAAAGGUGUAUUGAUCUAUUAAAACAAUGACCAAAAUGCAAUUUACGAAACUCAUAAUACACAGCAUGUUGAGGAGGAAUUUGUACCUGUCAUCACGAAUUAAAAUUGAAGAAAUUCAAACCUCUCUUAGCCUCUAAUGGAAAUUUAUAUAACCUUAACUAUUUUUCUUGUAUUUUUCUGCUUUUAUUAGAACCAACAUGGCAUUCUUCCCCAUAAUUGUGUUCAGUUAUUAUGGCUGUAAGGCAAUUCAUUAUUACUCAUUCAAUUCCUCUAUCAUUACCCAGGAUAUAUUCCCACUAGAAUGAUAAAUAAUCAUACCGCAAUAUUUGCCUCCAAACAUGAACUGUAGUCUGAAGCAGUCCUUUUUAUCAAUUUUGAUCAAAUGACAAUCAUUUUUAAAACCAAUGUAAACAAUAUAUUAAGUGUGGAUGAUUAAGUUCCUUGGAGUUAAUUUCUCUUUUAAAUUGCUGCACAACUAAAUCAUGAACUUGUAUCUAUCUAUUCAAGCCUUUUGCUUAUCAAGAAAUUAUGUAUGGAGAGAACAGAAAAUAGACCCAUAAUAAUAAACUUGCUGUUAGACUAAUGAAAGUCAUCUGUUACAUGAUCGUAAAGAUAACGGCUUGUAUUCAAGAAAAAUUUGAUUGUCAAAUUAAUUUCUCAUAGAUGUAUUUGCACAAUAUUUAUGGAGAUUAUCAAAUUACAAGUCUGAAGAAGCUAAAUGGAUUCUAUUUGUAACGUGACAGUGUUGACUGUAUGUCUCUCAAAUAAAAUAAAACACUAAAAAUGAAAAUUGAAUGUGCAAUGCUUAUCACACUACUUUGGUAAGUGUAUUUUAUACACUUUAGUAGUUGUUUUGGUUUAAUCCCAGAUCCUAUCAAUACAUUUGGUUAUUUGGUCUAAUUCUCUUUGUCCUCUGCCUGAUUCAUCACAUCCUACAGAGUCUAAUCCAGUGUUUUAAAUUUUGUACUUCAAGGCUCACCUUGGCUUUUGUAAUUUUUCAGGUCAAUUUUUUUUAAGGUCCACCUCAAAAAAUAUUAAAUAA